AUGCUACAAUUCAAGUUUAUAAGGCCAGUGGCCAAGAUUGCACCUAUUUAUAGGCCAUUUAGCAGUUAUCCAUUUAGAAAUUUGGCUACUUCCUCGAGCAUUAGUAGGACGAAAACCAAGGCCCCUAAAGUGGAUACGACUCCACUAAAAUUGUCUAACGAGUUAUAUGCAACAUUCAAGAUUCACAAUCGCCCAUAUUUGGUAACCGAGGGCGACAGAGUUAUUCUUCCAUUCAAAAUGAAACAAGCGGAGGUAGGUGACAUAUUAAACAUGACGGAUGUAAUAACUCUAGGAUCCAGAAACUACAAGCUAGUUGGUCAUCCGAUUAAUACUUCUCUGUAUACUUUGAAAGCAACUGUUGUGGGGAAAACUAAGAGGGCUUUUGAAACUAGGGAGGUAACGAAGAGAAGAAAUAGACGGGUCCGUCAUGCAAAUAGUAAAGGUGAUUUGACAAUUUUAAGAAUAUCAGAACUGAGUAUAAACUGA